CCUCCUGCUUAUGCCACCCCGUGUUAGCCCUGCGGAGGCAAGCAGCAGCCCCUCUGAUUUUGGGGAAGAUCCUUGGUUCCAAGGGUGAGUUCCUCCGAUAGAAUGGGGCGCUUCAGCGUGUGGGACUAUGUGGUCUUUGCGGCCAUGCUGCUCAUCUCGGCCGUCAUUGGCAUCUACUACGCCUUCGUGGGAGGGGGGCAGAAGACAUCAAAGGACUUUCUCAUGGCGGGCCGCAGCAUGAGUGCGCUCCCGGUUGCACUGUCCCUCACGGCCAGCUUCAUGUCAGCCGUCACGGUGCUGGGCACCCCUGCUGAGAUCUAUCGCUAUGGUGCCAUCUUCUGCAUCUUUGCCAUCACCUAUGCCCUGGUGGUGCUGUGCAGUGCAGAGAUCUUCCUGCCCGUCUUCUACAAGCUGGGCAUUACCAGCACCUAUGAGUAUUUAGAACUUCGAUUUAAUAGAUAUCUACGCCUCUGUGGAACGGUCCUUUUCAUAAUACAAACGACUUUGUACACUGGUAUUGUCAUUUAUGCUCCAGCUUUAGCACUAAAUCAAGUCACUGGCUUUGACUUGUGGGGUGCAGUGGUGGCGACAGGUGUGGUCUGCACAUUCUACUGCACACUGGGUGGUCUGAAGGCAGUGGUGUGGACAGAUGUUUUCCAGGUUGGAAUCAUGGUUGCUGGAUUUUCAUCUGUGAUUAUACGAGCUGUGGUGGUUCAGGAGGGAAUUGGACACAUUGUAAAUGAUUCCUACCAUGGAGGAAGAUUAAACUUCUGGGACUUUGAUCCCAAUCCUUUGCAAAGGCACACCUUCUGGACGAUUGUUAUAGGUGGGACUUUCACAUGGACUGGUAUAUAUGGGGUUAACCAGUCUCAAGUCCAGAGAUACAUUGCAUGCAAAAGCAGAUUCCAUGCAAAAUUGUCCCUCUACAUCAACCUGGUGGGACUGUGGGCAAUCCUGGCCUGUGCCACACUGUGUGGGCUGGCCCUCUAUUCCAUCUACAAAGACUGUGACCCAUGGACGGCCAAACAGGUCUCGGCACUUGACCAGCUAAUGCCAUACCUAGUGUUGGAUAUCCUGCACGAUUUUCCAGGAGUGCCGGGGCUUUUUGUGGCUAGUGCCUACAGUGGGACAUUAAGUACGGUGUCCUCCAGCAUCAAUGCUCUGGCUGCUGUGACUGUUGAAGACCUCAUUAGGCCCUACUUCAAAUCUCUCUCUGAAAAGAAGCUGUCAUGGAUUUCCAUGGGGAUGAGCCUGUUUUAUGGUGGAGUCUGCAUUGCUAUGGCUGCAGUGGCAUCUCUCCUGGGAGCCUUGUUGCAGGCAGCACUCAGCAUUUUUGGCAUGGUUGGUGGCCCCCUUUUAGGACUGUUUGCCUUGGGAAUCCUCUGUUCCUUUGCUAAUGGAAUUGGGGCAUUUGUGGGUCUUGUCAGUGGCUUCGUUGUUUCACUUUGGGUUGGAAUUGGAUCUCAGAUUUAUCCUCCACUUCCAGAGAGGACCAAGCCACUCUAUCUCUCAACUGCAGGCUGUAAUAUAUCCUCAGGAAAUUUAACAUCAACAGAAAUUCCAUUAACAAUGAUUUUCAGCACACCAGGUGCAGAAAGGCCUGCCCUGGCAGACAACUGGUAUUCCUUGUCUUAUCUCUACUUCAGCACACUUGGGACACUUAUCACAGUAGUUGUGGGAAUAAUUAUCAGCCUCCUGACAGGGGGACUAAAGCAGAAUACAGAUCGUAAAUUCCUGCUGACCAAGGAGGAUUUCCUGUCCAACUUCUCAUGGUCUGAAACUGAGCAACCAGAGAAAGUGGAAGUGUUGAACUGGAAGCCAUUUACUAUGGCAGAUGAAGGAACUGACAACCCUGCCUUCAGCCACAUUGAAAUGGAUGUUGCAAGUGACAAGAACAAAGUCAAUGGUCUUCAUAUAUGACACAAGGCCAUGUCAGCCCAUGAGGACAGUUUUGUUCAUGUAAAGGACUGCUGAUGUUCCUGUUCUGAGUCAGUUACCAGCUCUGCUGGUGUCGUGGGCAGGCAUCUGCUGAGCUUUCUGGCAGUAUCGCCUUUGCAUGACCUUGGCAUUAGUCAAGAAAGGAAUCAGUUUUUUCCUGCACUUCCUCACUCUCUCACUCUGCUUCUUGGUGACAGAGCCUAAAGCAAUGUUUCUAUGUAAAAUACUUGCCUGAUAUUCUUGAG